AUGACACUCAUCACGACGACCGUGGCAUUCCUCCUCGCGGUGCCGGCUUUGGCUGCAACAUCUGCAGUCAACAGCAGUCUGGGUGGCGAAAAGGUUGCAUGCGCCAUGUUUCGGCUUAAGUAUCCUGAGCAGACAUAUUACCCAGGUUCUGCUGGGUACGUAUACGAGACGCAGUCGGUUUACUGGUCCGCGACUACUUUUAACGGUCCUGCUUGCAUUUUUGUCCCACAAAAUGCGCAGCAGGUGUCUCUGGCAGUCACUACGAUGACAUUGACGCUUUCCAAGUUUGCUGUUCGAGGUGGAGGCCACAUGCCCAUUCCUGGCUACAAUGGCAUCGAUAGCACGGGCAUAUUGCUUUCAGCGUCCAAUCUCACCGCUCUGGCGCUUUCUUCCGACAAGUCUACAGUCUCCGUCGGACCGGGCAACCGGUGGGGAGAUGUCUAUUCAUACCUGGCACCGUCGAACCUUGCAGCAGUCGGCGGCCGGGUAGGUCACGUAGGCGUGCCGGGUCUCUUGCUUGGAGGUGGCAUAUCAUUCUAUUCAUCACAGCACGGCUUUGCGUCAGAUAACGUCGUAAAGUAUCAGUGUGUACUCAGUAGUGGCAUCGUUGUCGAAGCUACUGCUAGUAAUACGUACUCGGAUCUUUUCUGGGCGCUUCGAGGUGGCGGCAACUCCUUCUGCAUUGUGACACGAUUCGACUUGAAGACAGUGCCAUCUAGCGAAGUGCAUAUCGGAAUUGCACAAUACGAUCAGUCGCAAUCCAAGAGCUACCUCGAUGGUGUCUACAACUUCGGAAAGUACAGUGCACCUGCUGACCCCAAGGCGGCCAUAAUCCCAACAAUCCUGACGUUCCCCUCGGUGGGUUUGACUGUGUACGCUGCAGCAAAGUUCUACGACUCGUUGACGGACAGCCCUACGGCGUUUGAAAACUUUACUGCGCCUCGACUACCUCCAGUAGCUGACUCAUACGCGCUGCAACCGCUAGCUUCCUACAUCGCUGCAACAGACGCUUUGCAGCCGAAUGGUCUGCGCCAGGCAUUCCGAACUCUGUCGUCUUUGGUGGACAGAGAAGCUGUCCAAGGGAUCCAUGAUACCUUUAUCUCGCAGGUGUCAUCAAAGCUGACAAGCGUCGCUGGCUUACAGGCUUCAAUUACCUUCCAACCAGUGACCAAGUCCUUUCUCCAGAAGAGCGUUGACAGCGGAGGAAACCCUCAAGGUGUCGACAUUUCAAAAGCACCCUUCUUCUGGCAGGUAAUAAAUCUCACAUGGCAAAAUAGUUCCGACGACGCCGUUGUCCAAGCUGCUGCGGAUGAAAUAACCGCGGCCAUUAACGCUUUUCUGGCCCAAAAGUCUCUCAGCGCCACGUACCUCUACAUGAACGAUGCAGGAAAGGGGCAACCAGUCUUCCAGAGCUAUCCAGCUACGAAUCUGAGAAAGCUUAAAACGAUUCGUGCCAAGUACGAUCCAUUAAGUAUCUACACAAACCUACUUGUCGGAGGCUGGAAGGUCGCGGAUGCAUAA